UCUCAUCUAUUCUUCCCCUUAACCAAACCCUAAACUCGUAACCCACCCCGCGCAGUCCCGCUCAGCAAUGAAUGUGAGCUGGUUCUUCCCUUCUUCCACGCUUUCUGAGUCGUGGGUCAAUCUUGGUUGUUCGUGAAGUUGGUUUCGGUUUGUUCGACCCUCCCGAGUUCCGCUCUAGUGUUGUUUUGGUUUCGCUCGCUUCUGUCUGUGUCUUGGGGCAUGGACAACUACCACCAGUUCAACAGCCACCACCACCUUGUCAAUGGCGACGGGCAUUUGCCUCCAGGCUUCCGGUUCCACCCCACCGACGAGGAGCUCAUCACGUACUACCUGCUCAAGAAGGUCCUGGACAGCAGCUUCACCGGACGGGCCAUCGCGGAGGUCGACCUCAACAAGUGCGAGCCCUGGGAGCUUCCCGAGAAGGCGAAGAUGGGGGAGAAGGAGUGGUACUUCUUCAGCCUGCGGGACCGGAAGUACCCGACGGGGCUCCGGACGAACCGGGCGACGGAGGCCGGAUACUGGAAGGCGACGGGGAAGGACCGCGAGAUCUACAGCGGCAAGACGGGGUCGCUGGUGGGCAUGAAGAAGACCCUCGUCUUCUACCGGGGACGAGCCCCGAAGGGGGAGAAGAGCAACUGGGUCAUGCACGAGUUCCGCCUCGACGGCAAGUUCGCCUACCCCUUCCUCUCCCGCUCCUCCAAGGAUGAGUGGGUGAUCUCCCGCGUUUUCCAGAAGUCCAGCAACGGCUGCGCAGCCCCUUGCGGUGGCAAGAAGACCCGCUUGGGCUCCCACAUGAACCUCUACCCAGAAAUCGGCUCCCCCUCGGUGUCUCUCCCGCCACUGCUUGACACCUCCCCUUACUCCAACACGGCGGCGUUCAUCGACCGCGUUCCUGGCUCUUAUGACAGCUCAAUCCCCAAGGAGCACGUGUCCUGUUUCUCCACGGCCGCUGCCGCCUCCUCGGCAACCCCCAAUUUCUGCAGCAACCCUAGCUUCCCCUUGGCUCCUCCCGUGGCCCCAGUGAACAAUGGGACUGACCCGAUGGCCCGUUUCUCCAGGAGCAUUGGUGUCUCGGCUUUCCCGAGCCUAAGGUCCCUGCAGGAAAAUCUCCAGCUGCCUUACUUCUUCUCAGCUAACCAGCAUCUGAGCGGCGGGAUCUGCGAAUUGGUCGGCUCGAGUUCGAGCUCUUUGGGGAAUUGGACUGCUCCGGACAAUCAGAAGGCGCCGGACCUCGGUGGUCGCAUGGGAAUGGGAUCGUCGGAGCUUGACUGCAUGUGGAACUUCUGAUGUCACGCUGCGUGGUGCGCUAGGGUUUCUAAUUUCGCUCUCUUUGUUUGUCUCAUGUGUGCUGUCUGUUAAGGUCUAGUUUUCGGUAGGGAAGUGUGUUUGCUCUUUUAAUUUGGUAGUGUUGUUGUGCUGGCGUUUAAACUGCACCAUGUUAAGAGUUCCCGGUAUUUACAUUUUGCAAGUUCGAAUCCGCACGUCUAAAUCACGC